AUGCUACGUAAUUCAUCGAGUGAUGAAGAUGAUGGACCAACAGCAACCGUUUCAUCGACUAUCCCGGGUCGUGCACCUCUCUCCCCCGUUGUUCAUCAACGGAACCAACCUGUUCUAACAGGAAAUCAAAGCGGAAAAGGUAUAAUACCACCAAUUACCGUUGAUUAUAAUUCACCAUCACCCAAUACAUUAUCGAGGACUUCUAAUAAUGUACCGAAUUCAUUUACACAACCGUUAACUAGAGACGUUUAUAAUACGCCUAUUAUUCAACGGACAUCUCCGAAUCCAAGUUUAAGUGGACAAGAAUCGCCGCUAUUAUCGAAUAAAUUUCAUCAACCUCAAUUAACUCAAUCACUGCAACAACCUCAGACUUAUGAUGGUCCUUUGACCUCCGCGUACGAUACAACUAGUUUAAAAAGUGAUGAUUCGAGUUUAUCGGAUCAUCAACAACAACACAUUUCAUCGUUAUCGAGCACAAGGCAUCAGAGUACUGAUUCAUCAACAAAAUAUCGUGUACAACAACUUCAACCAUCGAAUAAUUUAUCAAAUGCGACAAGUACAACGACAACAUCAAGUGGAAUACCGUUAGAUCGAGUACCGAGUCCGUCGCCAUCGUUGAUUAGCGAACGAGAAAGAGAAGAAAAUGAAAAAUUAGAAAGAGAACUAGAACAAAAACGAAAACGAAUACAAAUCUAUGUGUUUAUAUGUCGAUGUGUAUCGUGUCCAUUUAAUUCAAAACAAUCAUCAGAUAUGGCUAGAAAAAAUUUAAAAAUAACGCAACAACAAUAUACGUAUAUUAAAGAGAGAUUUCAAGCAUUUUUAAAUGGAAAAACGCACAUUGAAGCGGAUGAAGCGUUUAAUAAUGCUGUUCGAUCUUAUCAUGAAGUAUUUCUUAAAAGUGAUCGUGUAUUAAGAAUGGUACAAUCUGGUGGUUGUUGUUCUGAUGAUUUUCGAGAAGUAUUCAAAACAAAUAUUGAAAAACGUGUACGAAGUUUACCGGAUAUUGAUUCAUUAAAAAUUAGUAAAGAUACAGUAGUAACAUUGUGGAUGAAUAAAUUUGAUGCCAUUUAUCGUGGACAAGAUCAAGAUCUAGAUGGUGUAAAUAGACGUUUAUCAAAAACAAACUACAAUUCGAGUUCAGCUGAAUUAAUAAUGAGUAAAGAACAAUUGUAUGAUAUGUUUCAAAAUAUAUUAAAUAUUAAAAAAUUUGAACAUCAAAUGAUAUAUAAUAGUGCACAACUUGAUAAUAACGAUGAACAAGCUGCAACUAUUCGUCGAGAAUUAGAUGGUCGUAUGAAACAAGCCGAAUCUUUGCAAAGGCAACGCGGUCUAAUGCCACGCUUCGUUCACAAAGAAAUGGAUAGUUUAUAUGUCGAUGAACUAAAAAAAACAAUUAACGAUUUAAUGAGUAAUUUGGAAAGUUUACCUGUACGUGGUGGUGAACAGAAACCAUUGAGAUCAAAGCGAGGUGUGCACGGUCGAAAUGGAAGUGCUGGUAGUAGUGCUAAUGCUAAUGCUGGUGGUGGGGGUGGUAGUAGUUCAAGUAAUGCACAUCCAUCUUCCAAUAAAUCGUUAUUAGUCGAUGGUGGUGAUUCGGAAGCUGAACCCGGUCUAUCAAAAUUAGCGUUUGUGUUAAAUUUCAAUAUAAAUAUAACAGUUAAAGAAGUAAAAGGAUUAAAAUCUGUUCCAUCCAAUCGAGUUGUUUAUUGUACAAUGAAUGUUGAAGGUGGUGAGACUUAUCGGACAGAACAUGCUGAAGCAUGUAAACCCGUUUGGGAAUCAUUAGCAGAAUUUCCUACAAAUCAAAUAUUGCCCGUUGUUAAAGUCAAACUAUAUAUGGAAAAUUCCAGUAUAUUACAUCUUGAAGAUAAUAAAUUAGGAAAAGCAACGUUACAGAUUGAUCCAACAUUUAAUAAAACAAAUUGGUGGGCAGAUAUGGUUAAAAACAAGAGUACAGCCGCCGAUGAUUUGAAAGUAAAAUUAGAUGUUCGAAUGGAGAAACCACAAAAUUUAAAAAUGUGUGGUUGGUGCUAUGCUCGUGGCAAAAAUGUUUGGAAAAGUUGGAAGAAGCGAUACUAUGCUUUAGUUCAAGUAUCUCAAUAUUGUUUUGCUACGUGCAGUUAUCGUGAAAAGAAAUCUGAACCAACAGAAAUGAUGCCGUUAGAAGGUUAUACGGUUGAUUAUGCAGAGCCAGACCAAGGUCUUAUUAUGGAUGAUGCUAAAUAUUUUUUCAAGGCUGUCCGUGAAGGAGAUGUUGUAACAUUUGCAACAAAUGAAGAAAAUGAAAGACAUGGAUGGGUGCAAGCUCUUUAUCGUGCUACGGGCCAAUCUCAUAAACCUACACCACCAACAACAAAACAACAACAAGCAAGUGGACAAGUUAUUAAUAAAGAUGUAGCGGAUUCUGAUCGUUCGAAAAAACUGGGUUUCGAUGAAUACAUACAAUCUGAUCCGUGUAAAUUUGAUCACCAUGAUUUAUUUAAAUUUUUACAAACAUCCACAUUGGACUUUCGACUUAAUGAUCCGUAUUGUUCCUUGGGAUGGUUAAGCCCUGGUCAAUCCUAUGUAUUAGAAGAAUAUUGUGCUCGCUAUGGUGUACGCCACUGUCUGAGACAUUUAUAUUAUCUGUCAGAUUUACUUGAUCGAGCUGAACAAAAUUUUAUGAUUGAUCCACAAUUAUUACACUACAGUUAUGUUUAUUGUGCAUCGCAUGUAUCGGGAAAUAGGUUAGUCAAAGAUGAAAUGAAUAUAAAGUUAAUAGAAGAAGCAAACUUCGAUUUUUGCUGCAGACCAGACAGUAACAUUGCCACUACAAUAAGUAUGGAAGAAAAAGAUCGAUUCAAUGAAAUUAAAGAACGUUUAAGACAAUUUCUCGAACAACAAGUAACAAAUUUUCGUUUUGCAUUUCCAUUUGGACGACCAGACGGUGCUUUAAAAGCAACGCUUAGUUUAUUAGAACGUGUAUUAGCCAAAGAUAUUUCAACGCCAAUAUCACGCGAAGAGAUAAGACAUUUUAUUGGAAAAUGUCUUGAGAAUGCAGCAUAUAUUAAUUAUACAAAAGUGUCAGAACAUGCAAAAAUAGAAGAAACCGUAUACAAUAGUGAUGAUUCACCUCGUAAGAAAAUCGACGAUUUAAUUCAUUUAGCUGAAUUAUGUAUUGAAUUGUUGCAACAAGAUGAGGAACAUUAUAAUGAAGCAUUCAAACAAUAUCAAGAUUUAUUAAUUGAACAUGAAGAAAUAUUUUGGUCGUUGUUUGCUGUUGAUAUGGAACAUGUUAUUGAUCAACAACCAGUCGAAAGCUGGGAUAGUUUCCCAUUAUUUCAAUUACUAAAUGAUUAUCUAAGAAAUCAUGAAACACUAGGAAACGGUCGUUUUCAUCAACAACUACGAGAUACGUUUGCACCAUUAGUCGUUCGUUAUGUUGAUUUAAUGGAAUCAUGUAUUGCUCAAUCGAUCCACAAAGGAUUUGAAAAAGAAAAUUGGAAAUCGAGAACCCGUGGGUGUGCAACCAGUGAAGAUAUGCUGUGGAAAUUAGAUGCAUUACAGUGUUUUAUACGAGACUUGCACUGGCCUGAUGAAAUAUUCGGAGAACAUCUUGAAAAACGUUUAAAGCAAAUGGCAUCCGAUAUGAUUGAAGCGUGUGCUAAACGUGUAUGUCGUCAUUUUGAAGUAUGGAUUAAAAAAGGUGGUCUUAUGGGAGGCACCGGAACAGAUUAUUUACUACCGAGUGAAUGUUGUGUGAUGAUUAAUGUUAUUCUCGAUUGCAAAUCACAAGCGCUAAAGUUAUGUGCAUUAAAUAGUGGAGAUUUACAUCAGUAUCAUACAAAAAUCGAUGAAUAUCUAGAAAAAAUCCUUAGUGAAAUGUCAAAAUCAUUAAUUUUGAAAUUAAUUGCCGUAAUGGAUUCAGUAUUAAAAAAAUUAUCGCGUUACGAUGAAGGAUCAUUUUUUGCUCCAAUUCUAUCGUUAACUAAACCAGUGAAUGAAGUUGGUCAAGCAUAUGUUGCAUUUGUCAAUACAAAUCUUGAACAAUUAAGACAAAAAAUUAGUGAUGAAUUAUUCACAUUAAAUUUGUUUGAAGAAUGGUAUCGUCAACAAAUGCAUCUCGUUUGGACGUGGUUAGGCGAACGAACAGAAAUCAGCCUUCAUCCAUAUCAAUUGGCUUGUUUAGUAUUAUUUGUUAAAAAAACCCAUGGAAACUUUGAACUGCAAGGUGUGCAAGAAAAAGAUUUGAAUUCAACGACUUAUAAUGGAAUUAUUCAAAGAUUGCACAUCUUAUUACUUAUAGAGCGUAAUUGUGUUGUUGUACACUGUACAUCGAUGAUAACUGACGAUGUAUCGAUAUCUGUUUUAUGUGUAUUAAUUAUGACAGCCGUUAUGUGUGUGUGUGUAAUGCUCCGUCGUCCACCCAAACUACCUCAAUCGAUUAAUGAUCGAUUAAAUCGCUUUGCUAACACUAUGUUCACACCUACAAAAUAUGAUUCACAGCCUCCUACCCAUAAUUAUUUGGAUUCUCAUCAACGCCUCGAAGUUGAUUAUGCUUCAAGUCUUCCAUUUCAAAUAUUGAUAUACUUUAAUCUCUGUUUUUUCCUAUGUUGGUUAUUUUCACAUAUAUUUAUACUGCCUGUACUAACCAUCGCCGGUAAUAGUCAACAUGUUAUCCUAAUGGUAUUUGCUUUCAUAUUCAAAGCUAUUAUCGAAGUUGUUCGAUUAUAUUUGGGUUAUUCUGGAAAUCUAGGUGAACAAAUGCCUGAAUUAACAGCAUUUUGUCUAUUAACAGUUAUUUUUCAAGUACCACUGACACUAUUUCUACUUUUGUAUCAAGUUAUCGCAACAUUAAACAUUUUUAUGGCUCUGAUACUUGCUAUCGAAGUACUUUAUCUGACAUUUUUAGUAUUGGAAGCGAUAUUUGGGUUCGCAGCUGUUCGAAUAAUGGUUACUGCUCAGUCGUCACGUUUUCAUUAUCUACAGUUCGAAGAACUAUCUUCAGCAAAUGAAACAACGGCCUAG